AAAAAUAUUUUCAAAAAUUGGGAAAAAAUCGGAAAAAAUCAGAAAAAAAUAGAAAAAAAUUAGAAAACGAUCAGGAAUUAAUCCAGGAGGAUAUAAAAUCAUGAGGCGCAUCGAAGGACUCGUGGAGAUGUGCUCAUUGAAUAAAUAAUUCAAAAAUAGAGAAAAAACUGAUUAAAGACUGGGAAAAACCUCAACAUGAAUUUAAGAUAAAGUGACAUUGCCUGCAUAUUAUUGGACGCUAGCAGGACAUAGAUGGGAUCCUGUUAUUGAUUAAAAAUAAUUUUUUCAAUUAUAUUUCUUCAGGUGUUUGCCAAGAAAUGAAUUACGACAACACACGGUGAACAUGGGGUGAAUCAACUAUGCCAUUCAAACUUGAUACAAACUGACUUUGUCACUCAUUGGGAAGACGAGAUCCCUGGGUCCUUCUGAACAUAAUUUGAACAAUAAUACGCUGCGGUGAUGUAGGCUUUUUGAUCAUAGCAUGACCGGUUCUGCUGAUUCAUUUUCCCUAGGAGGAAUUAUCGUAGGACGCCGAUCGACGCCUCGAGGCUACAGAAGUAGAGGACAAGAGACAACGUCGACAACACCGAAAGACUUGACAAGGUUAUCCAAGUGUCAGGAAGGAUGUUCUUCUUCAUGAUGAUAUCGUUCCAAUUUCAACAUCGACGGUAAUAGAAUGCCAUAGAGCCGGACUGAAGCAUGCAGCGUUCGACUUUAUGCGGCCUGAAUACCAAACGCAAAUCCAUGCCAACUGUAGCAAGAAAAUUGAAGCGAUUGUGAGGAAGGCUCCAAAGACAAAGGAUCCUGAAGCUGAGAACGAGCCAUUGACACCUUGUCCUUAUUGCAAAAAUAAAUUACCUGAGACGAAAGUCAUGUGUGACAAAUGCAAGAGCACCAUACCUUUUUGCAUUGCUACGGGUCGUCACCUUCUCAAAGAAGACUUUACAGUUUGUCUACAAUAUGAGUUUCCCAAAAUCGCAACUGAGUUCCUGCGAAUCAUCGAAAGUGAAGAAGUUUGUCCAAUGUGUACGGAACAUGUGGAUCCAAAUAUGGUGUCAUCGAGCAUCAACAUUCAUUCAUUCCUCGAUGCACAAGAUACCAAUGUUUAAAAGGUUUAGAGUUUGUUUCAAACAAAGUGCGCUCACAUCUGGAAUAACUGUGCGAAUUGUUGCCAUAGCUCACUAUUUUUCCAUGAAUCAUACCUUAGUCUUAGACCGAACAGUUAGUACAGUGUAGGGAGUACAAUCUGUGGCAUAUACGGUUCAGAUAUUCUGAACAGAUGCUGAUCUAUCGAAUCAAAGAUGAUACAUAGUAAUAAUUAUUGAAUUCCACUCAAUCCUUCCUUUGAUAAUUUUUGAUAACGAAAACCUGAUAUAUUCAGCCAUCGAGCAGAAGAAUCGUCUCAUUCAAUCGUCGGGUGUUUAUACUUGGUGACUCUCAGAAAACUUUGCUCAAUUCUCAUGAUGAGUAUCUCCGAGGCGGAUACCUUGACAAUUAAAGUUGAAAUGCAAAGAUCAGUUUACCUAUAACAUACUGUAAAAAAUUAGGCGAGCACGUUUGACGUUAGGUAUAGCUGAAUUUGUUGAUUGAAUUAAGUGAUUUGUCAAAUUAAUCAAGUUGCCGCCAGUUCGGUACUUGGAAUAGCUAAUAAAUUUGAUUAUCUCGAUUACUUGCGGUUGUAAUUCAAUUUCAGAGUGUCAGAAUGAUGUUUUGAUGCUGAAAAAAUACAGAAGAAUACUACACAGUUC